AAAGCCCCAAAACUCCACCACCUAAAACCCUAAUUCCAAGCGCCGUUCUCCUGUCUCUCUCUCUGCUACAUGCACCCUGCACUUACAGGGAGCGCGAGAACAGGAGCAUCAUGGCCGGUGGAAAGAUAAAGAAGGAGAAAUCAAAGUCCGGCACGGGAGCUCACGCUCCGUACCAGGGAGGAAUAUCGUUCCACAAGUCGAAAGGGCAGCACAUCCUGAAGAACCCGUUGCUGGUGGACACGAUAGUCCAGAAAGCAGGAAUCAAGAGCACCGAUGUCAUCCUUGAGAUCGGUCCCGGUACCGGUAACCUGACCAAGAAGCUUCUCGAGGCCGGGAAGAUGGUUAUUGCUGUUGAAGUCGACCCUCGCAUGGUUCUCGAGUUGCAGCGUCGCUUUCAGGGCACCCCUUUAUCCAAUCGCCUCAAGGUUAUACAAGGAGAUGUUCUCAAGACUGAACUUCCCUAUUUUGAUAUCUGCGUGGCCAACAUACCUUAUCAGAUCUCCUCUCCUCUGACUUUCAAGUUAUUGAGUCACCAGCCAGCAUUCAGAUGUGCGAUUAUAAUGUUUCAGCGGGAAUUCGCUAUGAGACUGGUUGCUCAGCCUGGUGACAAACUCUACAGUCGUCUUACUGUGAAUACCCAGCUCCUGGCUCGAAUCUUCCACCUCCUCAAAGUCGGAAAAAACAAUUUUCGGCCUCCCCCUAAGGUUGAUUCCUCAGUAGUUAGAAUCGAGCCUAGAAAACCACGCAUUGAGGUGAAGCAAAAGGAGUGGGAUGGAUUUCUGCGAAUUUGUUUUAACAGGAAGAACAAAACCCUCGGUUCAAUUUUUAGGCAGAAGACUGUCCUCUCUUUGCUGGAGAAGAACUACAAAACCUUGCAGGCGCUACAACUUUCACAAGGUUUGGUGGAGAAUAAGGAUCCUGACAUGGAUUUCUCAGGGCUAGGGGAUUCUAAUGAGAACGGAGCCAUGGAGAUUGAUAAUGAUGAAGUGGAUGAAGAAUUGGAUGUGGAAGGUGGUGAUGCAGAAGGGGAGGCAUCUGAAUUCAAAGAUAAGGUUUUGGGUGUGUUAAAGGAGGGAGAUUUUGAAGAUAAAAGGUCAUCGAAGCUCACACUACAGGAAUUCUUGUACCUGCUCUCUUUGUUCAACAAGGCUGGGAUACAUUUUUCUUAAUUCUAGGAGUGUCAUGUUUGUCUCAGUGGUUAUUUCUUGUUCACCUCUCCUAUAUAUAUACCCAAUUUUGUUUGCCCUGUUUUUUAUCUGCUCAAGAAUUCUUUUUGUGCUCUCAUGCAUUUUAGCUUAAAAAGUUUUGGGUUAAUGUAGUUAGAGAAUGAUAUUGAGAAUUAACUUUUUUUAGAUGUA